UGGUAAAUGAGUAAUAGUUUGCCAACACAGACAACUUAACUACGUGACUUUGUUGCGCGAUCAAGUGGAGUGACGUAAUUAUUAGCCGAGACAAGAACUGUCCCCUUAAUACACCGUGGAACAUGACCACGUCACGUGAUUGGCUACUGGGAGAUUUGAACGUAUACAGAGCAGCUCGCUUUUAUACACAGACAUAUCACAAUGCGUCGUCAAUUGUUAUUUGAAGCUUUUUCAAGCAUGCAGUGCUCAACAAGACUCGGACCGGAACCGAGGAGCUUGCUCGAUCGCCUGCUGACCGGAGUCGGGUCAUCUCGUUGAGAUGUCCUCGAAGUUGGACCCUCAAGAGACCAUUCCCAAUUUCAUUCAAAAGAGUGCCGUCAUCGAGAGGCCUCAAAGGUAUGUUUCCAACGCUCUGGUGAUGAAAACGACGGGGCCGACCGUCGUGGAGACGCCGCAUUCAGCCAACUACGUGAAAAAGCUCUCCAAAGAGUCCAAGCUACCUGAGAUCAAACAGCAUGUGAGGAAUGUGUACUGUACCUGCGCGACAAAGAAACCCAUGAUCUCAGCGGGGGCUUUCCUGCUGCCUGCCGGCCUCCCUGCCAAGCGGAUGUUUACAGCCACGCCAAAGGUGUCCAAACCCCCCCUGUGUGUUGUUGACACCAACAAGGGACACAAGGAGUACCCUAAUAAAUUCUCAGGACUCGUCCCCGUGUACGUUAAGAAAAAGGAUUAUGGAGAGGUACCCGCGUACCUGCUGCGACGCAAGGGGAAGCUUCCGAAGGAGGGCGUUCAUGAAAAGAGGCUGGAGGAGUCUGAGAUAGAAAUAGAAAUAGAAAACCUCACAGACGAGGAGUGUCGUGAAAUCAUCGAGGACCUGAAGAAGAAGUGCAUGAGGCUGAACAUGGCCUACCAGCGCCUCCCGUUUGUCAUCGACACCCCGUCGCUGAAGAUGCGUAAGACGCGACUGGAGGGCGACCUGCAACAGCUGGAGAAUGACCUCAAACUCCUUGAAACGUUGGUGUCCAACAAGUAGCAGAUGUGCCAGCGGGGUCAUCGUCUCCAAAACAAGCACAUCAAAGUCAGUGGCAGGCGGGCCCAGCCUGUGCGGGACACCGUAUCGCCCUCCCCGCUGGGAUCCUCUGUCAGUAUGAUGAACGAUUGACGUCACUAAACACAUUGUUUGAUAUGACGUCACCUCAGCUCCAAUCCUCACCUUGACUUUGCACUCAGCCUAUCAACAUGACUCUGACUGAUCUGACGUCCUCCCAACCUGCACAGAUCUUUAUAGGGAUCUUCUCAUCCAUCUAGUCCAUGUCUUCUAGUCCGUGUGACAUCCUCCGGACCUGCAGAGAUCUUUAUAGGGAUCUUCUCGUCCAUCUAGUCCAUGUCUUCUAGUCCGUGUGUGUUUUCAAAUUGUUAUUGGCAGGUAAAAUGGACAUUCCAUGGUUGUAAUUGUUACGUCAUUGAG